ACAAAAAAUAGAUAUUAAGCCCGACAACAGGUAAGAUCGUUCAUAGAGCUUUUGAACAGCUUACCAUAUUUAAAAUACUCCGUUGAGGGUAUGAAAAAUAAGCAGAAUUAAUGAGCUAAGAGACGGGCGGCUAAAAAAAUUCGGUAAACAAGUUCGUAGACUCUCCAGCAGAGACUGAUGAUGUUGUAAUCUUAAAACUACACGUUCCGUGCAGCCGCGAAAUCAGUCUGAAGUCGGACCUCAAGCGCGCAUACGAUGACCAGAAACGCUGGCCUCCGGUUGAUUUGGGUGAUUCUGUUGCUCUGCAUUUACGUCCAGUGGUGCCAUGGGCGGAACUCGCAGUGUUUGCACGUGCGUUUAUCCCACGGCGGUUGGUUGAUUGGACGCCACUUGACCACCCACAGUGGUCGGCACAUGCGGGCAUUUAUGGGGGUUCCGUAUGCGGAGCCACCAGUCGGGGGUCUUCGUUUCCGUCCACCGGUGCCGAUGGCCGCCUGGGAGGGCGAACGCUUGGCCGUCAAGGAUGCACCCAUCUGCCUGCAGCGCGAUCCCUUCCGCCGCGACAUGAUCAUAGAGGGAUCCGAGGACUGUCUGUAUCUGAAUGUUUACACCCCGGAGACGCCGAAGGUUAAUGGUUCCUUGCCCGUCAUGGUGUGGUUCCAUGGCGGCGGCUGGCAAUGUGGCUCCGGAAUCAGCAGCUUCUACGGUCCGGAUUUUCUGCUGGAUCACGACGUCGUCUUGGUUUCGGCCAACUUUCGAUUGGGUCCGCUGGGUUUCCUCAGCACGGAGACGGUCGAUUGUCCCGGUAACAAUGGAUUGAAGGAUCAACUGGAGGUAUUGCGCUGGGUACGUGCGAAUAUUGGAUCCUUUGACGGAGAUCCAAAUAGUGUGACGGUCUUUGGCGAGAGCGCUGGAGGCGCCAGUGUCACCUAUCACAUGCUGUCAGAGAAAUCGCGCGGUUUACUGCAUCGUGGUAUCGCCCAAUCCGGAACCUAUUUCAAUCCUUGGGCUCAGCCCGCUCAUAAAGGAGUGGCUGCCAGAAGGGCCACUAAAUUGGCUAAGCUUGUAGGUUGCGACUCCGCAGGAGAGUGGCCCGAAAAACUUGAGUGCCUGCGGAAUAAGCCAGCCGACGACAUCGUGGCCUCCUUAUACGACAUGUUUGUCUGGGACUUUGAUCCGAUGAUACCUUUUCCGCCGGUGAUCGAACCGGAGCACGAGAACGCCUUCCUUACAGUUCCACCGCGCAAGGCGCUGAAACCUCAUGGAUUGGAAUUGCCUCUCCUUGUGGGCGCCACCGCCGAAGAGGGACUUUUGAAGACCGCCGCCCUGCUCAAUCUUCCCCAACUGAUGGCCGAAUUCAAGUCCCAGUUUAGCCAGGUUCUGCCGGUCGUCCUGAACUACGAUCACCACGAGGAUUCUGUUCAGCAAAGGAUAACGCAGCGCAUCGAGAGCUUCUACUUUAAGGCGGGCCAUGACUACGAUAAGGCCAACCACCAAAAUUUGACCGAUCUGAUUUCGGAUGGAUGGUUUGUGGCCGGAAUCGAUGAGUACUUGCGCCUCAGGAUGUCCCAAGGGGGCGUGGCACCCACAUACGUCUACCUUUUCGAUCACAAGGGUGCCGCCAGUUUUACGGAGAUUUUCAAGGGCGGCCGGAAUGAGUUUUACGGGGCAUGUCAUGCCGAGGAGCUCCAGUAUUUAUUCCCCAUUGGGCGGGAGCUAUUUGUGAGUGCAGUGCCGACGCAAAAAGAUCUGCAACUCCGCGAAUUGAUGCUCCAUUUGUGGGUUAGCUUUGCGAAAACCGGCAAUCCAAAUCCGACGAAUGCCAGCUUUCACUUGCCCACUUGGAAUCCUGCAUCCAGUUAUCCUGUGGAAUACGCCCGUUUGGGCACCAAAAUCGAGGAUUCCUCAAACAUUUUUCGCUUAGAAAAUGAAUUAAUGCAGCAGCGUGCCGAUUUUUGGAGGGAAUUACAGCCUCAUGUGCCCGCCAGUCACGCCCACAAUGAACUUUAGCACACCGAGGCAUUAUCCAUGUGAAUUCUUUAUAUUAUUUAAUUACAAGACACUCUUUUUACUCCAAGAGAAAAAACUAACCAAAAGUUUCCUUCUUUGUUGGA